CAGAUCACGUGGCCGGGGCGGCUGCCGCGGGGAGGCUGGGCAGGGGUAGGAGCGAAUUUAGAGGGUCAUGCCGCGGGGUCGUCUCUGCGCCUGCGCCGCUCCGGGAUGCAGAACCUUGCAGAGCUGCUGUGGCGCCGGGUCCUGCGCAAGCGCUGGGUGCUCGCCCUGGUUUUCGGGCUCUCGCUGGUUUACUUCCUCUGCAGCACCUUCAAGCAGGAAGAGAGGUCGGUAAGAGACCGGAACCUUCUCCAGGUUCAAGACCGUGAGCAGCCCAUUCAGUGGAAGGUCCAGUUUAACCUGGGCAACAGCAGCCACCCCAGCAACCAGUGCCGAAACUCUGUUCAAGGGAAGGAAUUCCUCACGGACGAGCUGGGCUAUGUCUGUGAGAGGAAGAACCUGCUGGCGAAUGGCUGCUGCGAUGUCAAGGUCCCCAGCACGAAGCAGUACUGCUGUGAAGGGUGCCUGGUCAGUGGUUGCUGUGAAGUCUAUGAGUACUGUGUCUCCUGCUGUCUGCAGCCCAGCAAGCAACCUCUGCUGGAACGCUUCCUCAACCGGGCAGCUGUGGCCUUCCAGAACCUCUUCAUGGCAGUUGAAGACCACUUCGAACUGUGCUUGGCUAAGUGCAGGACUUCAUCGCAGAGCGUGCAACAUGAGAACACGUACCGUGACCCCAUAGCCAAGUACUGCUAUGGAGAGAGCCCACCCGUACUCUUCCCCGCAUGAGGCCUGUUGGAGAGACACCCAGAACCAGCCAGGUCCACGUGAGAUGAUGAAGGAGGGAGCCAAGGAGGACCCUUGGCUUUGAGCAUGUCCUGUGGCAUCCAGUGUCUCUGUCUCCCUCACCUCCAGCUGCAGCAGACAGAGCUGUUCUGUAGAGCAGGCCCGGUGAGGCCCCGGCACCUUGCCUGGCUGUGGCCAUGGGACGGCUGCAGGGCCAGGUGCUUGAUCCCGUGUUGUAGUUUCUUAAUGACUUCUCAGUGGGGGAAGUCACACUGUUUUUUGCAGGACACCUUUGCCCGUGCAGUUGGAUCCACUCAAGGAGGUGACUGCUCUACGUGGUCCCUCACUGUCACAGUGACGUUGUUGCCGCACCAGACCCAAGUGUGUCUCCAGGAGUGUGGGUGCACGGACUUAUUUUUGGUUGUUUUAACACCUGGCCAGCAGGCCUUGUAUCUAUAGCCCAACAUCUAGGGGUGUGUAGAGCCUCAGGGAGGUGCUGGUACCCACUGAGCCUGCGUAGAGCUGCCCUGGUAUGCUCAUAUCCCUGCAAUGGUGGUCGGAGGCCUGAAUCCCCCGAUGACUCUCCCGGUGGAAUUUGCUGUCACUGUACCCCUGUUGAAACCCCUCAGCCUUGGGGCAGGGGAGCCUUUCCCUUGUCUGUCACAGAAGCCGAUGGGGACCUGGUGAAUGCGGUCUACGGCACUCUUUCAUUCUUACCGCUCGCUCUCUGCUCCUGGCUGUGUGCCAGAGGAGAGCUUGUUAAGUUCCUACUCCAGCCUAAAGUUUCACAUCUGCUCUCAGUGGGAGACGUAUGCGGUAGCCAUGCCGUAGAGCAUCCCAAAGGCCGGCCAGUGUUCAGUACUUGCAGGGUGGGCAGUUGUCACCGGUAACUGAAACUUGGGUUUCAAGCAUGGGGCAAGACCCCUCCUUCUCGACUCUCCUGUCUUUUUCUCCAGUCUCCUGUAACACACACGGCUCCCGGAGACUCUUCACUGACCCUUACAGAGGCCACAGCCAGCAUUUGUGGUUUGGGCUCAGGUUGCCCUGGUGUCAGGCAUGAGUCUCCAGGGUUUCUCUUAGCAGCUUCAUAAAGCCGUGUCUCCCAACUGUUUGCCUUCCUGAUGGAAUUUCCUUCAGCUUCCUCCUGCUUCGCCUUCCUGCUCACCUCUGUGGAAGAAAGGACAAGCUGAUGGGAAUUGUUCUCGUUUGGGGUCGCCAUGCUGGGAUCAGAUUCAGGACUUUGUGUGUGAUUAGUAAACUUUCUGCUACUGAGCCCUGGCCCUGGCCAGGGAAUUGAUUUUUACUGUUAGAUCCCAGUGAUUCUGUUCCAUUUGCUCUGGACUUCUCAGUGUGUGGAUUCAAAGUUCACGAAAGAACUCGGUGCACCUGCACAUUCUGGUGCAUUCUGGAAUGUUCUGGCAUGUUCUCACGUGUUCUGGCUUGCUUGCUCAUUUUUUCUGGUAACUGGGAGAUAUAUAAUUUUUUUAAGACAGGGUCUCCCAUUGCCCAGGCUGACAUCCAGCUUCGUAUGUGUUUGAUACCAACCUUAAACUCCUGAUGCCCUCUGUACCUGCCAGGUGCUGGGGUUAUAGGUGCAUGCCAGCUGCAUGGCUCAUCAGCCUUGUAAUGCCAGUUUACCCUUGGUCAGCGUUGGAGUUGGUCAGUCACUCCCUUGGGUUCACUUUCACUCUCAAGAGUGGCAACACGGGGUUAAUGUAAACAUCAUGCCCGUUGCCAGCUCUCUCUGACCUGGCACUGGAAAGGCAUGUGUGUGCAGUCCUUGAGUUUAUAGACCCCGAACAGUUGAGAUCAAGAUUCCAGUUUACUUGUGUUUCACUUGGCAGAUGAGGAAAUAACUUACCCUCCUAAGUCCCUACCAGGAUAGAAUAAUCAAAACCCACAGAAGAACUUCACCUCGAAUCCCCCUCUCACAUGUCCUCUGGGGCACCUCCACAUCAUCUCCCCUGAGAACGGACGGCUUCAGUUAUCCCAGACAGGAGAAAGCGGUGUCUGCGUCCAUGCUGAGUCAGUAAUGCAGAGGUCACUUUUGAUUGACUGUGGAAUGUGGGUUUUGUGUUUUAAUCACCUUGGGGAACACACACACACACACACAUACACACACACACACAGAGCUGGGGAAGUCUAGGGAGGGGGCUGGGUGAGAAAAGCCGCAGGUAGGAGUGGUAUUGAGGAAGCCGGGAGGCCAGUGUUCACGUUGGCAUGCUAAUAGGCACCAUAGAUUUGUCCUCAGUGGUUUUUUUUUUUGACCUGAUACUAAUGAUAAAAUAAUUACCUAAAAAUCACACAGCCUAGAGAUAACCACCAGCUAUUUUCGACUUCUCUGUGACUUUCCAGGCAGAACAAACAAAAACCCCAGGGCGUUCCUCCCCCGUGGAAACACUGCCUGUGAGUCUGUUGUCUGCAGGCCCGUGUGAUACCCAUUGAGGACAUCUGGUCCCUUUCAUGGGGGUGGCCCGCUCUUACUGAGCACGAUUGUUAGCUCAACUCCUGCAGCCACUUCUCCACAGGGGUUGGAGGUGUCUGUCUGUCCAUCCCUCUGUCCGUUUCAUAAGCUGUUUUCAGUGUUCCAGUUUGUAUUUAUUAUUAUUUUUUUAUUUUUAAGAUCAUGAGCCUGUGUGUACCAGCUCAGACUAAAUAAUGAGUUCUGGGUUGCAAAGAGGAUUUUUUUUUUAACUUAAGAUGUUUAAGGGGCAGUUGAAUUAGCCCAGUGGACCUGGGUUCGGUUGCCAGCGCCCACACAGGGGACUCACAGCUGAUGGGAUGGGAUGACCUCUUCUGUCACAGGUACCCUAAUAUGUGGCAUGUGUUUGCACUACAAACACACAAAAGUAAUGUAAUAAAGAUAAAUCUUUUAAAAACUAAAUCACAUUUAAUCAUUGGGGGGUACACAUGUGCCAUGGUUUAGGUCGGAGGAAAAGUUUUGGAAGUUGGUACGUUUAUCCACCAUGUGGGCAUGGAGCUCAAGGUGUCUGUCUUGGUGGCCUUGGCCCACGGAGCCAUCUUGCUGGUCCUGCCUGAGUCUGUGUCCAUAAAUUAAAUGAUAAAAUACACAAGUGCUAUUGAUUGUGUUUAUUAAGUCACAGUGAGCGGAACCCCACAUGGUUUGAUUGGCCAUUUAUUUUGUCU